AUGGCCCCUCUCCCCCUCAUUAAUCCUCCCUUACAAAAUUCAAGCUUCAACCUAGACAUAUUCAGUAUCGCUGGUUUCUUUGGUGGAGAUGAUGUUCUCAAAUCAAUGUAUAUGGGCCAUUUGCUCGCACAGUAUGUGAAGCAACUCCCAGACUUCAGCGACCUGCGUGAAGAACCACCAAAGACCAGAAGUACAGCAGUAACCAUCAUCGAUAUCAAGGAUUUCGAACAAUUAGACCACCUAUCGAGCCGAAGUUCAACAUUGCAUCUCCUACUAUCAUACUUCACCAUGAUCAGCAGCGUCGCAUGUGCUAUAUUCUCCCUGAUCCUGUUUGACGACAAGUUCUGCUUCUCUGCCAUCCUUUUUGGUACAAUAAUUGGUGGGGUGUCAACUUGGGUAGUCGGAACAGGCAACCUGACUCUGCAGACCGUAUUCAGUCCUUCUCCUGGAUCUCCUCCCGGUGACGGCGUCCUAAUUGGCGAGGAUUUUACUGUUCUGCGCGGCACAGAAGGUCGUGUCAAUGCAAUUACCAAAGGCCGAUUCCACCUAAAACUAAGAGGCGCGCCAAAUUAUCAUAUAAUCGGGAUAUGCUCCCUGCUUUACUUGCUACAAUUCAUUGCACAACUUUUACUCAUUCCGCAAGGUCAUCUCGCUGGGCAACUUAUGUUUCUUUGCUCGUUUUCCAUCUCUUGGAUCUACAAUCGUACAAUCGCUUCUAUCGACAAAGAGGCAAUGCAAACAGAACUGCUUCGUCAAUCCGUGAAGAUGGACAUAAAAAAAUACAUUUUACCCAACCGGACGAAUGCGGUAGUCUUCACAUGCCUUUCCCUGCGACGAUCGUUGGAUGAAACAGAGAAAAAUCCGGUUUACUCCGAUUUUAAUCCAGAGGCCCUUCUUGCAACACUGCUCCCAAAAGAUUCAAGAGUUUGGCGAAAAUGGAGACAAGUGGUCAAAGACAUUCAUCUUCGAAAACAGCCACCGGAGUACUUUGACGACGCCUUGAACGAAGAUGACGUAGCCGAUCUCCCAGAGGAUCAGCGUAAACUCCUACAAAUACUUCUAAAUGACGCAAAUAUUGGGGCACCAGGAAAAGAGCGUGGCUUGCCCGCGUGCGACCUAUUUUUGCGUGGCACGCAUAAAUGCCAUUCGGUAAAUUUGCGUGACUUUCUUAUCAUUUUGCGUGCGAAUUGUCAAACCCUGCGUGUGCAUGUAAUUGAAAUGUGUGCAGCGUUAUUGAAGUAG